GUCGAUUUCCUUCUUCAAGGUCGUUGAUCACCUGUUCAACGAUGACAUUUUUGAGUGUUCCGCUAAAAUUGUCUACUGAAGUUGACGUGAUAACACCACUUAAAAAGUUCAUAACUAGAAAGUUUGGGGAUGCUGUUGCUACGCAAUGUACCGAAUCCCUAAAAAAGCUCAGUGUGUUUCGCCACGAUGCCUGUUUUGGACAUAGUGAUGAUCUAGGCAGUCGAAUCCAGUCACUUGCAUUAUAUCAUAAUGUAUUAUGGAGUUUAGAAAAACGACUUAAUACGUCAGAAGAUCUAGGUAUCCAUUGGAGCUGGAGUGAUAUAUGGCACAAAAAUUAUUCAAAACACUACUCCUUUAACUUCGAGCACGUGAAUAUAAUCUUUUGCUAUGCUGCAGCUCAUUCCAAUUUGGCUAAAACAUACGAUUUAAACUGUGAAAACUCGUUAAUGAAGGCUAUUUCAAGCUACAAGGUAGCAGCUGAGGCAUUCGAUUACCUUGCAUCACAUACGGAGCAAUCCUCUAAUGAUAUGACUCAAGAGGUACUGUCUGUAUUCAGCGAUGUUAUGAUUGCACAAGCGAAUGAAUGCAACUUUCUUCGACUUCGAAACGAUGAACCUGAAUAUCGACGUAUUGUCAACCAUAUCAAUAAAUUAUAUAAGAAGUGUUUGGAUUCAUUUUCCAUGAUUUCCAGUUGUCUUCAAGAUGAAGAUAUUAUUAAAUCUGUACCAGAGGACUGGUAUCGUGUUAUUAAAACUAAACAGAAUUAUUACAGCAUUUUGGCUAACACUUAUUUGGGCGAAGAGAAGCUAAGGCGUAAGAAGGACACCAAGGAAUCUAGCACACUCCUAGUCUCUAAAUUCACACGUAGUCUUUCAUCUCGUCGUUGGUCUGAAACGUUUCAAACUGUUAACGAGAGUGAAAUACUUGGUGAAUCUCAACCUGCUUCUGUCUUAGCAAACUAUAUUAUAACAAAAGAAAUGUUUCAAAUUCCCUUACUUCCUUGUGAUUCAGGCGAUAUUUUUGACAUGUUGGUCCCGUUUCCCGUCCUUGAAGCUCUUAUUAUAGCAAAUGAUACUCGGACUGCAAUCAUCAAUUCAGAAUUUGCUAAAUUGAAAAAUGCUGAUACGGUUCUUGAAAGUGAAAUGAAUCAACACAAUUUUCCACGUUCAUUGGAACUCAGUGUAUUUCAACUGAUUUGUGAAGCAUUAUUAAAAGAAUCUGUCAAGGUUCAUCAAUCUGGUGGAGUAGAUAGUUUGAGGCGUAAAGUUCAUUCACUGAAGCCAUUAGCUGGAGAACGAUUCAAAACUCUUGGAGAGAUAGAAGAAAUGCUACGUAAGGAGGAAAGCAAUGAUAUUGCUUUCAGAACUGGUUAUACCAAUAUUUUGUCUCGUGAACCGUCAGAGAAACUGAAUUCAUGUUUUCGUGAAAAAGUCGACAAAAUACGCUUGUCUGUUCAACUGGUUUCUGAAAAAGAUUACGAUGUGAUAGCAUUAUUUAAACAACAUGAAAUAAAUUUUCAAACAUUGGACAUGUCUAACAAUGAACUUUUAGUAUAUAUUCAAUCAAAUUUUGAACCUAAAGAAAUUGAAGUAAUAGAAGAAAUUGAAAAUUUACGCAAAGAUUUAAUUCGUAUAUGGGAUGAACUUAUUGUGAAUAAACAUCAACGUGAUGAUGUAAUAAAAAUGUGGGAUUUAGUUUGUUUACCGCCAAAUUUUGUUCAUACUCUAACAAAAUGGUAUCGUACUCAAGGUGAAAUAAAUCAUAACGAAGUGACAUCUAAGACAUUUCGUGAUAAAGUUGAUGCUGCACGAAUAUGUGUCAAUCAAAAUUUGGAUGAACAACGAAAUUUAUUAUCUCAACUACGAAUUAAAUGUGAACCAUAUUUUAAUCAAAUUCUCAAAUAUCGACAGCAUAGUGUGAUAGCGAAUUUACAAGAAGCCUGUAAAUUAUUUUUAAGUAUACGUAAAGAUGUUGAGAAAAGUUUACAUUGGCAUUCGGAAUUCGAAAAAAUUUGCAAUGAAGAACUACAGUUGGUGAAUGAUUUCUGUUUGGCUCGUAGUGACGAAAUUAAUCAAAUUAUAUCAGAAAAUGAACAAUGGGAAUCAGUAACCCAUGAUUCAGUAUCAAAAGAUUGAAUUUAUUCAUCAUCAUUAUCAUACCAAAUCAGCAUUAUGCAAAAUUAUUUUCUGCUUUUCAUUUGAUUAUCAUUGAAUAUUGCUCGGUUUUUUUGUUUACAUUUGAUUCAUUCAUUACAUUACUUUUUAAAAUACAUAUAUAUUCCCCAUCCAUUGUUAGAGAACAAUACACGGUGACGUCUAUCCAUCAGCAUUCACAAAAGAUUUCUUUUUUGAUAACAUCAUCCAUGGAUGAUAUUAACUAUGUCAUAAUUAGCCAUCUUUUUUCCAAAGAGACUUAAGCGGUCAGUUUGUCUUAUAUUUUUAUUUCAUUUACUAUUACAUACACAUUAAUUCAUCCCACCAGUGAUCAGUAAUUUUUUUAUUGUAUGAGUUAAACUAAGUCACUAUAUUCAUUUUUAUUUGCCAAUAUUAUGAAACUGAUUUUUUCUCCUUUCUAGUUUGAGCUAAUUUUGAUCGUAAUGGUUAACUUAUAUUUUCACUUUCUUUUUUUUAAACAUUGUUUUAUGCGUUAAAUAAUAUAUUUAUAUUUAUACA